CCUCAACGGAGGCACACACCAAGCUCCCUUUUGUUUUGACGCGCUGUUGGUGGUACAGGGAUACCAAGCAUGAGAUCCCUCAGUUUGUUGCUACUCGGCGCCAGCUGCGCGCUUGUCAUAAGCUUUGCCUACGCCCAUCCACCCGAGGGCGUGUGGAAGAAGAAGCUCACCUGGAAGGAGGACUGGGUGCAGGUAUGGAAGACCGUCAAGAAGGAGGCAUGGGAGACCAAGUGGAAGAAGGUAUCCGUGCCCAUAUGGAAGGAAGUCAAGGUGCCCGUCUGGAAGGAGGAGAAGGUGCCCGACUGGAAGAUCAUAAAGAAACCGAAGCUGGAGGAGCGCGAAGUGCCCGCCUGGAAGGAGGUCAAGGUGGCCGAAUGGAAGAAGAUCACAAAGCCCAUUUGGGUGCCCACCAAGGUCGCCGUGUGGAAGGAGAUCCAAGUGCCAGUCUGGAAGGAGGUGCAAGUGCCCUUCUGGAAGGAGAUCCAAGUGCCCGUUUGGAAGGAAGUACAGGUGGCAGACUGGAAGCAAAUGUUCGAGCCUCAAUGGGUGAAAAUGGGUAUUCCCGGUGAAAAGUUCCUGGGCAAGGAUCACGAGGGCUGGGAGUACACCAGCCACGAUCUGUGGCGCAAGAAGCUCGUGUGGAAGCCCGUGUGGAAGAAGGUCUGGCGCACCGAGAAGAAGCAAGAGUGGCGCACCGAGAAGAAGGAGGAAUGGCGCACCGAAAAGAAACAGGAAUGGAAAACCGAGAAGGUGCAGGAAUGGAAGCAGGACAAGAAGCUGGAAUGGAAGGAUGAAUGGAUUCAGGUGUGGAAGACUGUAAAGAAACAAAUCUGGAUCAAGGAGAAGCGCGAGACUUGGGUCGAGGAGAAGGUGCAGAUCUGGCGCACCGAGAAGCGCCAGGUGUGGGCCACCGAGAAGCGGCAGGCGUGGAAGGAUGAAUGGCAAUCGGUGAAUGUGCCCGUCCACAAGGAGGUCAAAGUGCAAGAGUGGAAAAAGGUGUGGAAGCCCGUCUGGGAGAAGGUCUGGGUGCCCGCACCCCAUGGUCACGGCUGGGACUGAGACCGUUCGCAGGCUAUGCGACAGCACUGAUAUCUGUUAACUGAUCCACUCUUUGUUCAUCCCAAUCCAUUGAACCAUCCAUUGUCCCUUCCUACCGCCAGGAAACACCUUUGUGUAGAAGCGAUAUUGUUGUUAAAAUUUGUUAAAUAGAUUUAAACUCCACUCCACUCGCCAGCUGCCUGUUUCAUGUUUCAUCUUCAUCAUGUUGUAUAAAACAUUUCAUUAUUUCCAUUCUUCAGUAUUCUUUCUGUCUUCUCUCUCGCUCUGUCCAUCUAUUCUUAUCUUAUUCUCAAGUGUACAAAUUAGUCAUGCGCGCGAUUUUGUCUUUAAGUUAUACAAAAUAAAAUCACAAAAUUCAAUAAAACAACGAAUAAAUCUACGAAUUUUG